UGAGAUCUGGCCAUUGCACUCCAUCCAGCCCAGGCAACAAGAACAAAACUCCAUCUCAAAAACCAAAAAAGAAAUAGUAGUUACUAAAAGCAUGUUUACUGGUGAUUUUUAGGUUCCUGAUGAAAAGUUAUGACCAGGUGCACUCAGGAAAGUUGGUGUGUGGCAUGGUGUCCUAUUUGAAUGACCUGCCCAGUCAACGCAUCCAGCCACAGCAGGUAGCAGUCUGGCCAACCAUGGUGGAUAUCAACAGCCCCGAAAGCCUAACCGAAGCAUAUAAACUCCGUGCAGCCAGAUUAGUAGAAAUUGCUGCAGAAAACCUUCAAAAAGAAGUGAUUCACAGAAAAAGCAAGGAGGUAGCAUGGAACCUAACUUCUGUUGACCUUGUUCGAGCAAGUGAGGCACAUUGCCACUAUGUGGUAGUUAAGCUCUUUUCAGAAAAACUCCUCAAAAUUCAAGAUAAAGCCAUUGAAGCUGUCUUAAGGAAUUUAUGUCUGCUGUAUUCUCUGUAUGGAAUCAGUCAGAACGCAGGAGAUUUCCUUCAGGGGAGCAUCAUGACAGAGUCUCAGAUUAUGCAAGUAAACCAACGUGUAAAGGAGUUACUCACUCUGAUUCGCUCAGAUGCUGUUGCCUUGGUUGAUGCAUUUGAUUUUCAGGAUGUGACACUUGGCUCUGUGCUUGGCCGCUAUGAUGGAAAUGUAUAUGAAAACUUGUUUGAGUGGGCUAGGAACUCCCCACUGAACAAAACAGAGGUAAAAAUCCAGUGUCUUUGCACCUUUUUAAAAGUCUUCACUUAAAUAUUGAAGCAGGAAAGGCCUCUGGAAAGGGAUUUAUCUGUGAAAGCUCUGAAAGUACUGUGGCCACUUCUGACAGUCACUUUAUUCGAGCAACAGGUUCAGAAGGGAACUGGGUUGUUCCCACAGUAACCAGGGUCUUAAUUUCAAUUUUUGAUAACGAAUUGAACAUUUAAAUAUAUAUAUAGGCCGGGCGCGUUGGCUCACACCUGUAAUCCCAGCACUUUGGGAGGCCAAG